ACCGUGUGCUUGAGUGGUCAAAACAAUUGUUUGGACGAGACAUGUGUCCGGCCUGAGACAGAGAGUGUAGACAGACAGACAGAAAAAGAGAGAGCGCUGGCCAGCAAAGUCUUUGUUGUCAGGGAAAAUGACGCAGCAGCUAGUUUCGGACCGUUUCAACGCAAACCGUUCAUGGUAUUGAGAUGUCGGAUACGGCAAUCAAAACCUCGAUUGCCCUCACAGCUUCUAACAACUGGCAAAUCCUGAUCGAGCCCUCCAAGUACCCGCUGAGCGAGAACGACCUGCUCUUUUUAAAGAGGCUGGAGAGCGUACGCAAGGACGUGGAAUGCUUCUUCGGCAUCCUGAAGGGUCGCUUUAGGAUCCUGAAGCUCGCCAUGGCGUACCAGAGCCAGGAGCGCAUCGACAACGUGUUUUUCACGUGCUGCAUCUUGCACAACAUGCUGCACACCUUCGACGGCAUGGACCAGCUGGUGGAGAACACGAACUGGAUUAGCAGUGCUGGGGUGGGGGCCACGUUGGCGACGGAGCCGGAGGCGGACUGUGGAUCUGUCGGGACGAAGGACGUCAACGACCAGCCUCAAUUGGAGAUCGGGCACACGGUGCGCAAGCGGCAGCUCACCACGAGCUUCGCGUACCGCAAGAAGCACAAGAAGGACAUUAUCUGGCUUUCUAGGUAG